UAAUUUGUGUUUUAUCGAAUUAAUUUAGUUUGUACAACGUAGUCAAAGCAGUAGCAAAAUUACUCAAGCAGCAAAUUUUUACUAACAUUUCAAAGGAAACGUUUUUUUUUUUUAAUUUUUUGUGAGAAAAAUAAUCAAUUCAGUUAGUAUUUAACAUUACCGAUAAAUGAUGGAGUUGAUUUAUUGAGCGUGCAACUUAAAGUGUUAUAUCAUUUGACACACAUAUGUAUGUAUAUUUGAAACAUCAAAGCAAAAGCAACUAUAAAUCGUCAUAAUAAUGGGUAUUCCUGACAUUCGAAUGCUCAUUUCAGUGGAGUUUGAAGUGUUUGGCCACGUUCAAGGCUGCUAUUUCACAAAAUAUACAAGGGAUCUUUGCAGCAAAGCUGGAAUAAAAGGUUGGGUUAAAAAUUCCAAAAACGGAACUAUAGUAGGAAAAAUGCAAGGUCCAAAAGAAGAAGUUGAUAAAAUGAUAAAUUGGCUCUCAAAGGAAGGUUCGCCUGGCUGCCAGAUCGAGAAGUGUGUUUUACAGAACACAAUUACCAUCAAUCGGUUGGACUAUAAAGACUUUGCAAUUCGAUUUUGAUUAAUAGAAAAUCAUAUGUCUUCAACCUUAAUCUUUAAAUAAGUGGUUUUCUAUUUAUAUAGAAGUUUAAUAAAUUUAAAAAUUAAAAACGAAA